UAUAAUUUGAUUUCACAAACAUUAGUCAACAACAAAGAAAAUCCCUUUCCUUUAUCGUUCCUUCGUCGAUCUGUCGUUAUCAUAAUCUUUAACCCUCACCAAAUAAAUCCAAAAACCAACAUUCUUUUCUUUUCCUCGCACACAAACCCACAUUUCAUCUUCCUCUUCCUCCUCCUCUUCAACAACACCAUUCAAUUCAACUUGUCUCUUUUGGAUUCAUGGACGCUUCUCAAUGGAAACUGGAAGCUGUUAAUAUUAAUAACAAUAAUAAUAAUAAUAAUGAUCAAGUAGAAGAGAGGAAGGCAAGGCCACAAGAACAACAGCAAGGUCAAGCUCAACCUGCAGGUGGUCCUCUCAACUGUCCAAGAUGCAAGUCAAGCAACACAAAGUUCUGCUACUACAACAACUACAGCUUAACACAGCCAAGAUACUUGUGUAAGUCUUGUAGAAGGUACUGGACUCAAGGUGGUUCCCUCAGAAAUGUCCCUGUUGGUGGUGGUUCAAGAAAGAACAAAAGAUCUUCUUCAUCAUCCAUCGCCACUCAAGAUACUCAACAUCUUAACUUGUCUUUCCAAGUCCAACAACCAGAAUAUCAUCACCCUCAUAAUCAUGGUUUCUCACAGUUUCUAAAGCUACCCAAGGUGGAUGAGAAUGGAGGGUUUCAUGAAAUAAUGUUACCAUUUGGAGUCAUGAUGAACCAACAACACCUUUCAUCAACAAGAACAAUAAGAGAGGGUGAUGUGCAAAACAUGGGUUCCACUGGAUACUGGACUUCAACUUUUCUGGGUGAUUAA